GCACGGACAGCGGCGUGAAGUGAGGUAAGGGACCAGCAUCCAGAGAAGACUGGGCUGAAAUCGUAGCGAUGGAGGGAACCGGGUAGGCACUGGGGACAAGAUCUGGGGGAGGGGCUGUGUCCUUUGGCCUCCGUGUCCCUUCUGUCUUCAGACUGCUUCUAGAGCAUCUCUGCACCAUCGCCACCAUGAAGCUACUAGCAGCGACUGUGCUGUUGCUCACCAUCUAUAGCCUUGAAGGGGCUUUGGUUCGAAGACAGGCAAGGGAACCAAAUCUGCAGAGCCUGUUCUCUCAGUACUUGGAGACCUUCGCCAGCUUUGGCAAGGACCUCAUGGAAAAGGCCAAGAGCCCAGAGCUUCAGACCCAGACCAAGGCUUCCUUUGAAAAGACACAGGAGCAGCUGACACCCUUGGUCAAGAAGGCCGGAACUGACCUCAUCAAUUUCUUCAGCAAUCUCAUGAACCUCAAAACGCAGCCCACUGCCCAGUGAGGGGUUCACAUCAUUGUCUUCCAACUCCAGUUGGCCCCUUGAACAUCCACUGGCCAGUCCCUACACCUGCCUCCCCUCCUUACUUAUCCAUGUUUCCUACAAUAAAUGAUUAAGGAGUCAA